AUGGAAAAACACAAGGCGUUUGCCCGCAGUUGUUCGAAGUUCCAGAACUACUGGUCAAGGAGAGAGGCCAGAGAGAUGGCCUCGAACCUCGAACAGAGUGAGAAAGCCAACUCCGAGGUUGAAGAGUGGCGAUCCUUCGGGAGCGGAGAGAGCUGUGCCUCCCCCUCAGUGAAGGUCGUCCCCGGAACCCCGUCAGCUUGUACUGUGCCGAUGUCGCUGCUCGCUUCGAGCAGAAUCAAAUGCCGAGGCGGGAACAGCCUCGGUGACAAGGGCCCUUGGCUGGGCGAAUCAGCAAGGCUCGAGCAAGGCUCGCGUGCUGCUGUCCAGGAUUACAACGUUCCAUCGAAGUGGGAACAAGCCAAUGGAUGGCCGAGACUUAUUGAAUCUGGAUACGGCGGGCUCCGAAGUCCAGCUGAUGAUAUUACACUACACUAG